UUUGUUCGCGUCUCGACAAAUCGCCAAAGACCUUUGGAUCCGAACCGUCCCUGGGCCAAAACUCAAACAAACUCAGCCCGCUACUCAGCCCUAAAGAGAGACAGAACUCCGACUAGGUAGAAGAGAAGUCAUUUCCAUCUAAAAACACGAAAUCAGCCAUUAAAACCUCUGGAGAAGACGAAAGCGACUUCGGAUACAUAUAUAUAUACACAUAUAAGCUAUUCACUACAUUUGCUGAUCUCGUGAUAAUAAAGUAACAAAAAAAUGCUCUCUGGAUUAAAGUUCAUUCCUCGGGAUAAACUUGAUACGGCACAAGAUGAGAACUUGGAUGAUUCUAGUAGAGAGAGAAAGGAAUCAAAUAGUAGGAAGGAAAAAUAUAAAACGAAAAAGAAGACUUCCAGUUACAGUAGUUCAGAUGACGAGGACCUUGAAAGAAUGAAAAUAAAAUCUAGAAAGAAGAAAAAGUGGUAUUCUUCAGAGGAAGAUGAAAGUGAUGAUGUCCAUUCUGGUAGCGAAGCUAGGCAUCAUAGAAAAAGUAAGAAAAAUGGACGGAAGAAAAAGGUCACUAUGGGAGAGGACCUGCAUGAUGAUGAUGGGGAAUUUCAUUCUUCAAAUGCUAAGAACAUCAUGAGAAAAGAAAUGGGAUUGGAGUGGAUGCUUAGACCUAAAGAUGAUGCAGAGAGAAAGUCGGCAACAACUUUUGACCAUCAGCCAGAGGAAACGCCAGAGGAAACUCCGACUGAAGAGAUGAAGAGAGUGAAUCCUAGAGAAUUGAAUCCAUAUCUGAAGGAUGAUGGAAGUGGUUAUCCAGAAAAUGGAGAUGGAGAAAGGAACCAUCUUUUGUCUUCUUCACUUGUUGGGGAUGGAGGUGCAAGCUGGAGAUUGAAAGCCUUGAAGCGUGCUCAAGAGCAGGCAGCUCGCGAAGGACGGAAGCUUGGGGAGGUGGUUGAGGAGCGGUGGGGUUCUCUUGGUCAACUGGCAGUUUCUGUGUCCUCUCGUUCAGCUGCCCCAACCCAUGCCCAUCUGCAUGCCAUAAAAAGUAGAAAGAGGGGGCAAGUAGAGGAGCAACAAACGCUUACAGAUAAUCAACAUGGAAAGGUUACCGAGAAGGACACUGGCCUUGAACGGCGACAGGUUGCAUUCCACCGGCAUCCUCAAAUGAGAGCGCCCAAACUUCAAGAUUCUUUAUCCUGGGGGAAACGGAAAAGUCAGAUUAUGUCAACAAAGGAUGCUGGCAUUAUCUCUUCCGCAAUAUCCAGCAUGAAUAAGUUUUCCAAUGACGGAAGCUUCAUGAAUGAAGUUAUGCGUCAACAGUAUGAUGGUCCUGGUGGUGGUUCAUACACGAAGUGUGAGAAAAAAUUGGAUAUUGAACUGUCAUUAUCGGAAUCAGAAUUGCCUAGUAAAGAUUGUUCAGUUAAUAAGCAUGAAUUAAGUGCAAACCAGUUGGCAGCAAAGGCAUUGCAGCUCCGUCUGAAAGGAAACAAUGAAGAAGCUGAGAAACUUUUGAAAGAAGUAGAGAACAUGAAAGUUAAAGAGACUGCUGUGGAUGAAUCAAGCAGGCCACGGAAGGAAGUAAACACAAGCAGAUAUAUCAUGCAUGACAAAUCUGUUCGGCAAAAGAAGAACGAGGAGGAUGCCGACAUGCAUCUAGCUCAAAAGAUUGUGCAAAACCAACGGUAUAGCUUAAAUACUCAGGCAGAUGAUGAGUAUGAUUAUGACGAUGGUCCAAGGAGAAAGACAAGGAAGAAAGGAGGGGGUAAAGAACACAAGUCAACUGAGAUGACUAAUUAUGCUAAGCGCAUCAUGACUCAGCAAGAGCGCUGUCAGUUUUGCUUUGAGAAUCCAACAAGGCCAAGGCAUCUUGUUAUUGCAAUUGCAAAUUUCACAUAUUUAUGCUUGCCCCACUGGCAACCUGUUGUUCAUGGUCACUGUUGCAUUUUACCUAUGCAGCAUGAAUCGGCCACAAGAACUGUUGACAAUAACGUGUGGGAUGAAAUUCGCAACUUCAAGAAAUGCCUCAUCAUGAUGUUUGCUAAACAAGAGAAGGAUCUAGUGUUCAUUGAAACAGUGAUGGGGUUGGCGCAGCAACGGCGCCAUUGUUUGGUCGAGUGUGUUCCUGUGCCCCAAGAAAUUGCAAAGCAGGCACCUCUUUACUUUAAAAAGGCAAUCGAUGAAGCUGAAGAUGAGUGGAGCCAGCACAAUGCAAAGAAGCUUAUUGACACAAGCCAGAAAGGGUUGCGUGGAUCAAUUCCAAAGGAUUUUCCGUACUUCCAUGUAGAAUUUGGUUUAAAUAAAGGAUUUGUUCACGUUAUUGACGACGAGACACAGUUCAAAAGCAGCUUUGGCCUUAAUGUUAUAAGGGGCAUGCUACAGUUACCUGAGGAAGACAUGUUCAGGCGACGGAAGCAUGAAUCAGUGGAGACGCAGAAGCAAGCCGUUGCAAGUUUUUCCCGAGAUUGGGAACCUUUUGACUGGACAAAGCAGCUUGGGUAGGCAUCGAAACCUUGCAACAUUUUAUGAUCGUGGCCAGGCUAGAAUUCUGUGCAUAUAUGGUGUUGCUGUUGAUUACUACGGAUAAAUAUAUACAUAAACAUCAGUCAUUGCUGGUGGGUUGAGUUUUGGUACUUCCUGAUGGAAUACUCCGGUAGUUUGAUAAUGAACUCUGUAUCAUUUUAAUUAGGUGAAGUUGGAGAUGUGGGGGCGAUUUUCAUCUAUCCUGAAGGCAACCUGCACAUUAAUCCACAUUGCCUUCCGAUGUAGUCUUCUUCACUUGUAUGAAACGGAGGCACACGUCCUCUGCCUUAAGGAAGAUAGUACACAUCCUCUGCCUUUUUCAUCCAAAUUGCAGGUUCUAUGUGUUUUAUACGUCAGUCAUUGCUGGUGAGAAUUCGUGACAAUCAGUUGUACAUACAAGAAAAUUAUAUGGGAAGAGAAGGUUAAAAAUGGAUAGAAAAUGAUUGAUUCUGA